GCCCUUUCUAAUUUUUCGGGCCUACGUGUUGUAUCUCGUUAUGACAGCGUCUUUGGAAAUGUCCUUGUCUGCUCCAAACUUCUGCAAACGUCGUCGGACUGGAGUGUCAAGCAUGUCUGGCUUGUCGACUUUUGCGAUUCUGGCUCUGGUUAGUGCCUUGAUUCUGUUACUGGAGCCACCGCAAGCCUUGGCAACCAGGCGGAGAUUCGGUGGCUUUGGAAGGGGACUUGGAGGCUAUAGGGGCUUAGGACGUUACGGCGGUUACGGAGGCUACGGAGACAUCGGCGGUUACGGUGGCUAUGGCGGCUUAGGUGGUGGAUAUGGAGGUGGAUAUGGAGGUAUCGGAGAUUACGGCGGCCUCGGUAUAAAUGAUGGCAUCGGCGGAUAUGGCGGAUACGGAGGAGGGUAUGGCGGCUACGGUGGCUUCGGUCGGCGUCGCCGCUAUUUUGGCCGUAGACUCGGCUAUGGCUACGGAGACUCUGACAUCGGGUAUGGUGGAUAUGGUGGCGGCUACGGUGGUGGCUACGGUGGAGGCUACGGUGGCGGCUACGGUGGCGGCUAUGGUGGCGGCCCUUUCUAUGGUUGAAUUGCGAGUGUCCGUGAAAUCGUCCCGCUAACAUGAACAUGCUAAUGAACACUGGCAUAUUGAGGACAUUCGAGAUGAGAGUUAAUUUAUUUCAAAUGAAGAACUUGCGUUGUGCUACCAGGGUUCGAGUCCUCGGGUCACGAUUCCGCAUAUCAUG